CUACUACGACUUCCUCUGGUCUUUCUUUCGUAUCCUCCUCCAGAGUUAUAGUGUGUCACCUUAAAUAAAAGCAAAUAAAGUUUCGCAUAAACAUUUUUUUAAGUGUAAAGUAAAAACAAGAGUUAGAGUUUUUCAUCGAGUUUGACACCUAAAUUGAUUCAUUUGGAUACUAUUUUGAAAAAAUUCUAAAGGUAAAAUGUUGAAAUACGGCGAGAACGACCGCUUCGAGGUCCUGGAGCGCCACGUCGGCGAGGGAACCUACGGUAAGGUGAUCAUAUCGAUUGCAAAUAUGUCUGGGUCUGGGAGAUUGCGAGAUUUUUCAUGCUAGUCUGGCAUGACUCUGAACUCUGUAUUGCGUGGUCGCAAAGAGCUCCUCCUGCCUGUCAUGCAAAAACGCAGUUUCUUAUGCGGAGUACGCAACUCAGAACCAUGAAAAAAAACUUGUCAUGCUGUGGAGCGCAUCAUUACAGUGAGCUCACUAUUCCCGUCCUUGCGUCACAAGUUUCCAGACCCAGACACUUUUGCAUUUGAUAGAUCAAAUGUCGGGACAAUUUGACUUCCAGCACCGUAGCGCUGAAGAAGAUCAAGGCCCAGUCCUCCCAAAUCUCCGGGCUGCACAUCUCGUCGAUCCGCGAACUGAAGACGAUGUCGAUCUGCAGGCACGACAAUUUGAUCUCCAUGGUGACAGCGUUCGUGGACGCGAAGUCGAAGGACUUGAUCCUGGUGAUGCCGUUUUUGGACCUGAACUUGCGGAAGUGCAUCGAGCAACACCAGCGGGACCUGGUAUUCUUGUUGAAGUACCCAGUUUUCAUCGCGGAGUUGGAACAGCAAAUCGAGCACUUGACGAACCAGGAGACGCGGCAAAACGCGGCCUUGAUCGCGGAGAAGAAGCAGGAAGUGGUGCAAUUGAUGGAGAGGUACCGGGAGAAAAAGAGAAAAGAAGAUUUGCUGGAGAGGUCUUCUGGAGGAGCUUCUGCUUCUGGUGUUGCCGGUUCACCGCCACCAGGUGGAACAUCAUCAAGCCGGCAAGCGUUUGGGAUCGGCGGGGCGGAUGAUCAUAGGUGGCACAACAAGAAUAACUACCACACGACUUUUACCCGACUCACCAACGCCGACAUUGCCUGCAUGAUGAAGCAGAUUCUCACCGCCUGUGCGUAUUUGCACGAGGAGCUGAACCUCGUGCACCGGGAUUUGAAGCCGGAUAACGUGCUGUGCGACGCGAAUACGGGUCUUCUGAAGAUCACGGAUUUUGGUCUUGCGACCGGAUCCACGGUUGGCGACCCGAUCUGGCACGAAGAUUUUGACGAGGAGAAGGAGGAAUCGGUGCUAAGAGUGGUAGUGGAGCCGAAGAAAUUUGCAAGGAAGCAGGAGCUCCUGCGGAAGGUCAACGGCAACAAAAAGUUGCUGCUCAAAUCAACCGCUUCUCCCUCCUCGAAGAAGCGACGAACGGAGCAGGGCCUGGGAAAAAUGAACGAGGAGAAGCGAGGCGACCAAAUCAAGACGGUGGAGAGGACAAGCACAGACGCAAGAAUACUUGGUGGUGGUGGACCACAAGAUUCAUCUGCUACAACGCAGUUUGAACAAGAAGGCCUGAACGUGGAGCACCUGCAGCCUCACGCAAACUAUGUCGAGCCGGUCUGGUCGAUGUCGCCCAACGUCGUGUCUUUGUGGUACCGCGCGCCCGAAGUCUUGCUGCGGAGCUACUUCUACGGGUUCGGGAUCGAUCUCUGGUCGGUCGGGUGCAUUUUCGCGGAGCUGGUGGUCGGCAGCAUUCUCUUCCAAUCGCCGUCGGAAUUUGAACAGCUUCCGCUGAUCCUGAAUUCCAUGCUUUCGUACGGGACCACCGCCGGGAUGAGCGAUGGUGGAAGGAACGGACGACAAAGUACAAUGACAACAGAAAAACCUGCGCAGGCAGCACCUCCGGCUGCUGCAACUAGUACCGCUACUACCGGAGCUGAAGUCCGGGUAGAGCUGCAAUUGACCCAAAAGCCCAUCCCCUCUGCACAGAAGUUCCGGCGCGAGAUUCUGUCCGUUUGGCCGGAAAUCGAGCGAGUCGGGCAGGCAAUCCCGGGGGCUGGAGUGAAUUCGGACACGGACAACGGCCACCAGGAGGACCAGACCAUGAUCCCGGUUUCUGUGUAUUGGCGACGGAUGGAGAUAGCAGAAGGCAACCCGGCUCCAGCAGGAGCAGAUGGAACUUCCGCUACUGGACGAACCGUUACCGGCGCAGCAGCGCUUGCUACAACUAUAGGAGGGGCUGUUGUGGGACGCACCGCACCAAAUGGAGGUAAAAAUAACGCGGCAGUGUUGGAGCAACAUUAUCGCGAAGGUGAACAAGGUAGAACAAGCAACGAGGCAGAUAAUUCUGGUCGGCAAGAACUAUACGACCGAAACAACUCCUGGAGCGUGGCUUUGUACGAGUUAGUGAGGCAGGAGAAGGAAACGCAGAACGGGUGUCUGUCUUUUUUGAAUUCUCUCGUGGCGCUGGACCCGAACAAGCGAAUCGCGGCGACGGACCUGUUGGAAAAUCAUCCGUUCCUGGUACGGAGUGUGAAGUUACCAAACGCGUUGCCAUUUGUGCAACGGUAGUGCGUGGUAAUUGUAUACUAGAAAGAAUAAAAAAAUUUAAAUUUAUUGAUUUAUGAUGUGUACUACUCCGAUUAUUCG